AUGGAAGGCGGAGGUUCAACGGGGACCUCAGAGGUCUAUCAGUAUGUUGGACCUUUCAGACUGGAGAAGACCUUGGGAAAGGGACAGACAGUGUGGGAGAGCCAUGCUUCGGCACGAAUGGGUCGGCUCGACCGGAGUGAUAUCACGGCCUCACAGAAAGCCGGCGUGAAACAACCACAGCGUUGUGUUUCGCCGUGUCUGGUGAAGUUGGGCGUGCACUGCGUCACUGGCAAGAAAGUCGCCAUCAAGAUCAUCAACCGGGAGAAACUUAGCGAAUCUGUACUAAUGAAGGUGGAAAGAGAAAUAGCAAUUAUGAAAUUGAUAGAGCACCCCCAUGUUUUAGGACUGUCCGACGUUUACGAGAAUAAGAAAUAUUUAUAUUUAGUGUUAGAACAUGUCAGUGGAGGUGAACUCUUCGACUAUUUAGUCAAGAAAGGCCGUCUGACUCCCAAAGAGGCGCGGAGGUUCUUUAGACAAAUCAUAUCUGCGCUGGACUUCUGUCAUAGUCAUUCUAUUUGCCAUCGCGAUCUGAAGCCUGAAAAUUUACUAUUGGACGAGCGGAAUAAUAUAAAAAUAGCAGAUUUCGGGAUGGCGUCGCUGCAGCCGGCUGGAUCGCUGCUAGAGACAUCUUGUGGUAGUCCCCAUUACGCAUGCCCAGAAGUUAUUAGGGUACGUACUACCAGUAUAACGCUAUAA